AUGGGUGGGUAUACCUAUUCGCUAAAAAUUGACGUAUUGGAACAACGAAAAUUACCAAUUAAAGAGUGUAAUGUCAAAUCAUCCUUAAAUCACUCUAAACUAGAAAUUUCCAGUUUGCCCAGCGGCACCUUCUCUUCUCAAGGCAUAGACAUAAAGCCAUUUAUCAUAUCAAAUGUUGAAGUUGAACCUUUUGAUUCAGACAUACCCGCAUACAAUGAGAUCAUCAAUAAUGUCCAAGAGAAGCUUGGACAGCUCAAAAUUAUUCAGGAAAAGGCUAUAAUGAAGAGCAUUGAGAAGCAGAAGAUUCAGGCGGAGAGUGAGAUUAAAAAUGCAAAUAUUAGCGAGAAACCUUCAGAAAAUAUUUCAUUCAAGUCCCCAGUGCAUACAUUUGAGAAUUGCGAUUUGGAUAUGAAAAAAAAGAUUUUAUCAUUAAGAAAACAGGUAUACACAUGUAUAAAUGUGGUUGCGGGAACAAUAUCUCAGAUAAAGAAAACUAGUGAAACAAUUAUUAGGAUAAUUUCGGAGGCUAAAAUAGCAUCGGAAGACCUUUAUUGGUUUGUAUUAUACACCAUUGUUGAUUCAAUAUUCAAUUGCUGCGAUCCUGGGGGGCAAAUAUUCAUUAAACCUAGCUCAGUUUGGCCAUUUUCUCAUCUUCUUUCCCUCGUAUUACAGGAGCCUGCGGCUGUUCGCAUAUAUCAUUCAUUAGUUGCAAAGCGUAACUUGAACUACAUAUUUAAGAUUAACAACCUGGAAGACCAGGAUAAAUCGGUUAAGUUUAAUGGGAAAUACCUAGAUGCAUUGGUGCGACUACACAUGUCCUUAUUUGUACUGACAAAAGACUUUAGUGCAAUAUGGUCAUGGUUUGCGGCAACAGUAAACGAAUAUACCACUGCACCAAAUGGCAAUGUUUAUAUGCCUAUAAUUUUGUUUGCAAGCUUGGAAAUUGCGGGACAUUCAGCCCUAAACACAUUCCGAGGUCAAUUUUCGAAGAUUAUGAUGCUGAUAAAUGAUAAUUUGAUGAUCAAAAUUAGGAAAUAUAUCGUACUUGACGAUUCAAUGAAGGCCGUUUACAAUAUGUAUAGGGAAAGAUUUGAGCAUUUGAUUGAAGAUUUUAUGAAGCAUAAGAGAUUUGAUGUGCCACAAGGGUACGAAAUGAAGCAUAAGGAGGAGAAAUUACAUGCUAACAUCUAA